AACCUGUUCACCUCAGAACCCGGCGGCAGGCACAUUCAGGCUGGGGCCAGCUCAGAAGCUGGCCAAACAUCUUUCCGCUCGCUACAUGCUCGACUCGAGAGCCGCCGGCUGCGAAGUGAUUUUCAGUCAAUCUCGUGUCGCUCCUUGGAGGGGAUGAGUCUGGAUUUGUGAGGUGAAUGAGUAAAGCAUGCAUCGAAGAGCCCCCCCCCACCGCGCAAUUCUACCGCCGAUGCUGGCAGAGCGCAGAAAUUUGCUUCAAUGGGAGACCCACUAGCGGCUGCGCGACGAAGUGCGAUGAUGGGCUCGAUAAGCAGACGAAAGCCAAGCUUGGCCGCAUGACACACCCGCUGUGGUCGAAGGCGUCGGACAGACGAACAUCACUUGCAUCUCUCACUGCGCUAGCCUUUUCACAAGCGCCACGAUGCGCCUUCACCAGACUGACUAUAUACAACGAACGACAGACGAACGAACGCAAACUCAGCGCUCUCCUCUACGACUGGCUUUUGCGCGCGAUCCUCGACAGCCACACCUGCUGCUGCGUAUAGUGCAUGCAAGCCUCGAUGUCGACCUCAGCUCAGGAACAGAGGACCAUUUAUAAUCUUGAGUCUCACUUAGGUCGAGGCCCAGCAGGCAAGGGCUGAUCUGAUGCAGGAACGUCGCUUGUGGCGAGAUGAACGAACAAAUUUUCAAUCAAAUGGCCUUGCUGCAACGCUACCCCCCGUAUAUGGAAGCAAGCCCAGCAUCUCGUUUGCCUCUCACGUCCAUCGGCACGACAUCGCUCCCAGCACUCCUCCGGCCAGCGCUCCUUCCAUGCAUCGCGGUGUUUGUCGUACACAGGCAGCAAACAUCUGAUCAACUUUCAACCUCCGCAACACAUCCCUCAGUCUGCUGCAAGCCACCACUAUACAGACAUUUCGUUCCCGUGGGCACUGUAGAACGACGUAUCCGCCCGCCGGAUGUAAAGCCGCUUUGCCGUAGGCAGUCAAAGCGCAAUUCUCCGGGCUUUGAUUCUCAACUUCUGAUACGCUGUGCAAGGUUUCGGCUCGACUGUCAUUGGACAAGCUGCCUUAGCGCAAAACGUACGAGCUAGGGUACAAAUAAGUAGGAAAAAUACGAGUCGUUGUUCAAUUCCUACGCAACAUCCUGCUUCCCUCUGCUCUCUGCUCGAUUUAAGUUUGCCCCGAUCCGCCGACUCCCUCCUGCA